AUGGCCUCCGCGGAGGGAGAAAGCGAAUGCACGGAAUUACUCACAGAAGCUUUGAUUAAUGCACAAAUUCAUAACAGCUACACCAUGGAUGAAUUUAAAGAACUAUUUCCCAGAAAGUACCGGUACGUUUUUUCGAGAACCUUGGUUGAUUCGCAUAGCUUUAAGAAGAGACAAUUAAGAUCUCCUCGUUAUUUCGUGUCAGGGACCAUAAAGAUGUGAAGGUUUUGUACGAAGCCUAUCAAAGAAAGCGAAAACAAACAAGAGACAGAGUCCAGACGAAUAUAAGAUCGUUUUGUAGGCAACGUGAUCAACAGGUGAAGUACUCAGUUACUAUCCAUAAAAGUUUUUAACCGUUCAGUACUUAGUAGGCUAGCACAAAUCUUGAUCUUGACAGUUCUCAAGCUCUCUCCUAACCUUUGCAAUAAUGUAAUAAAACAAUUUCUUUAAGUAUCCCACUAAAAUUUUUUUUACGUUCUUCUAUUUGUCAGGACGAUGCAUGUGAUAGUAAACAUGAGGAUGAAGCGUGGGAAUUAGAACAAAGAGAGGUGGUCUUGCAAGAGGUUUGUGAAUUACACAAAAUUGAUUUUAUCUUUCUAAGUCUUAGUGAUGUCAGCGCACAUGUCAGCGGACUUGUUAUUGUUAGGCCGCCAUAUUUAUGUUGUUCAGUAUGUAAGCACGAGGUCUUGUUGAAUAAAGCCUCAAUUGUGCAAGGAUCGAACUUCUAUUUCAUUACAUGCAUAUUCUCCAUACUGUUCUCAAUACAUUUACUGAAAUACUCACAAGGAGAAUUUGUUUAUCAAUCGAGAGCUACUUAAAAAGUCAGUGGCCAUUUACCUCAAUGUUUGAUUCAGGGGUGAUUUUUUUACAGAGAAAUUAGGUGCUAGUCACUCUUUGGAGUCAAAAGGUCAAUCAUGGAACUGAAUUUUGUUUAUUUUCACAUCAUUUCAGGAAAUAAAUUCAAUGCAACAAUAUAUUGAUGAACUUCAAGACAAACUUGGGAGGUGAAAAUUCAUAUUACACUGUUCCUUCUUUUUUUUAACUUCCUUAUUGUCUAAAUUUUCCACAGACCUUUAACAUAACUGGUUCAAUUUUUUUUUUCAGUUGUGCAGAUGCCUUGGAAAAGAGAAAGUUCUUUUCUGGCUUGCAUACAACAGAUUUUGAUGUCAACAAAUUUAAGGAGAAAAAUUGGUGAAAGAUGGACAGAUAAAGCUAAAAGGAUUUUGAAAAUCAUUCACUAUAAUUUCUCUUUGAAUUUCAUCUUUUUGUAAAUAAUGUCAGCCGAUACAAACU